UGAUACUCAAACCACAAACACCCAUCUAUAGCUCUUUCCUCUUGAGCAAUCCAGUUUUCCAUUGUCUAGUUUUACCUCUAGUUCAUUUCUCUGAAAAUGGCUGCUUCCACCAUGGCCCUCUCUUCACCAUUUGUGACAGGAAAGGCAGUGAAAACUGCUUCCUCUGUUGCCAAAGGUGGCAGGGUCCUUAGGAUCACCAUGAGGAAGGCUAUUGCCAAGCCGUCCGGAAGCCCAUGGUACGGCCCGGACCGAGUCAAGUACUUGGGCCCAUUCUCCGGCGAGCCACCAUCCUACCUCACCGGGGAAUUCCCCGGUGACUAUGGCUGGGACACCGCUGGGCUCUCGGCCGACCCAGAGACCUUUGCCAAGAACCGUGAGCUCGAGGUGAUCCACAGCAGAUGGGCCAUGCUCGGAGCUCUUGGGUGUGUCUUUCCCGAACUCUUGGCCCGCAACGGUGUCAAGUUUGGCGAGGCCGUGUGGUUCAAGGCCGGAGCCCAAAUCUUCAGUGAGGGCGGACUUGACUACUUGGGCAACCCCAGCUUGAUUCAUGCUCAAAGCAUUCUGGCCAUCUGGGCCAGCCAAGUUAUCUUGAUGGGGGCUGUUGAGGGCUACCGUAUUGCCGGUGGGCCGCUCGGUGAGAUCACCGACCCUCUCUACCCCGGUGGAAGCUUCGAUCCAUUGGGCCUUGCUGAUGAUCCAGAGGCUUUUGUUGAGCUCAAGGUGAAGGAGCUCAAGAAUGGAAGACUUGCCAUGUUUUCCAUGUUUGGGUUCUUUGUUCAGGCUAUUGUGACUGGAAAGGGCCCAUUGGAGAACUUGGCUGACCAUCUUGCUGACCCAGUUAACAACAAUGCCUGGGCCUAUGCAACCAACUUUGUCCCCGGGAAGUGAAUGUGAAGGGCAUAGAGAGAUAUGUGUGAAACCUGAAUGGUUUUUCCUUGCAAUUGAUGCUGGAAAUGUGAAUAAUUUGAUCUGUGGUUGGACAAAGUUUUGCUAUGUUGAAUCUACUUUACAUUUUUGUUGUGUAUUUUUCCUUAAAUAAAUUGGUUUUUACUCUUA